AUGGCGGAAACGGUGCAGUACUAUUUGGAACGUAUGGUUCCUGAACUUGAGGAUCUGGAGCAGAAAAGACUGUUUAACAAGUCAGAAAUAAAGCAGAUUGUUAAGAGACGGACUUAUUUUGAAUAUACUCUCAAGCGUAUUCCUGCCCGUAAAGUUGAUUUUCUGCGAUACAUCGAAUACGAAAUAAACUUGGAGGCCCUGCGGAAAAAACGUAAAGAACGAUUAGGCGUUAAGGGCAAACCCACACUAUCUGAUUAUGCAAUCCCACGUAGAAUUUAUCACUUGUUUGAACGCGCAGUGAAUAAAUUCAAGAGUGAUUUAUCAUUAUGGUUGCAGUAUAUCGAGUACGCCAAGAGUAAUAAGGCCGGAAAACUGCUGAACAAAAUAUUUGGGCGUGCAUUGCAACUUCACCCGGCUAAACCAUCGUUAUGGGUCCUUGCUGCAAAAUGGGAGUUUGAAGAGAAUAUGAACGUUGGUGCUGCAAGAGUUCUUAUGCAACGGGGUCUUCGUUUAAACCCGACAUCUACUCUUCUUUGGCACGAGUAUUUCAGCUUGGAAUUAGCUUAUGUAAAGAAGAUUAAAACCCGCCGUGAAAUAUUGGGGCUUUCUACUACUGCUUCUAAGGACGAAAUACAGCAAACGGAUGAGGAGAAUGUAAUUAAACUCCCUGUUAUAACAAAGGAAGAUGAGUGGUUUAAGGAUAAAAGGGAGGAUGUUCAAAUGGAUGAACAGAAGAUCGAGAGCUUGAAGGAGGAGAAUAACAAAGUUCUUCAGGGUGAAUUGGCAAAGAUUGUAUACUUGAAUGCGAUUGCAGGAACUUGCAUUCCGCGGUUAUAG